UCAUGUGCUAUAACGGAGCCCGGCGGUAUCUGAUUCUGAACCGUAGAAGAAGUAGCGACCAGAGAAACAAGAGGAAGAAAAUGACAGGGCGCGCAAAAAGAAAAUCAAAAUAUACACAGUCAUCAGCUACAGGUAAUGGGGAGAUGAAGAGAACCCGCCUGGAUCCAUCCAAAGCUGUGCCAGUGUCAGAGGUGGAUUCAGAGCAACGUGAUGAGAUCGCGCGACUCUAUAAGCUUCAAAUGCCAGAAGACCUGUACCACUUCUGGGAUUUCUGCAGGCAACUUUGUCCUGAUGAUCCCCGCGGUGCUCUGAGAGACACGUUGGACUUGCAGCUGGUUGGUCCUUUUGACAUUCUGGCAGGAGUUCACAUAAAUGCAAAGAAUCCUCAGCCUAACUUCCACCUUCACUGGAGGUAUUAUUAUGACCCACCAGAGUUCCAGACCACCCUUAAAGGCAGUGAGGACAGCCAGUAUCACAUCGGCUACUACAGAGAUACUCCAGAAUCCCUUCCUUCAUUUGUUGGGUCCAGUGAAGCUAAAAAGGGUUGUACUAUAUCGCAGAUGGGGGACAAUUUGUUUGCUGCGCUGUUCCUGUAUCUAUUAAAGAAGAGGAAAGAGAGGAGCAGCAAGAAGGCAGGAGAAGAUGCUUUGGAAAGCUUGGAGGCUAAGCUGAGGGACAGGGCAGAGACUCUGGGCUAUUGUUUAGAGCAGAAGACCAAAGACAUGAAGCAGCGGGACAAGAAGGUGGUCACCAAGACAUUCCACAGUGCUGGGAUUGUUGUGCCCGUAGACAAGAAUGAUGUGGGAUACAGAGAACUACCAGAAACAGACGCCGGACUCAGAAAGAUCUGCAAAGCCAUCGCUGAAGCACAAAAUGAUGAGGAGCGCGUCAAAGCCUUUGGACCUCUCCAGGAGAUCAUCACAUUUGUUCAGUUUGCCAAUGAUGAGUGUGACUACGGCAUGGGUUAUGAGCUAGGAUUGGAUCUGUUCUGUUAUGGAUCCCAUUAUUUCCACAAGGUUAUCAAGCAACUUCUGCCCAUGGCCUAUAACUUGCUGAAGAGAAACUUGUUUGGAGAAAUCCUGGAGUCCCACCUUUCGAACCGUAGCCAUGAUAAUCUGGACCAACUCUCUGCACAAUAGAAGGAGUCUACGAAGACAGUUUCACUUCUAGAAUAAAACCUAUAAGCUUUUCCCACCAUGUGUUUUUGUCUUCAGCUGUUCGUCACCGGUAAUGUUUCUUGGUGGUUUUGGUGCUGCUGUCAUUGAUUGGAAGCAAUUCAGUGAUAUUGUGUUUGUUAAAGGUAGAAAUCUAAUAAAGUAUUUUUAUAUUUUU